CUUGACGAGACGCUCAUUUAGCAACAUAUUAUGGGCUUUAACCUUAUUCAUCUAAUAAAGUUGAAGGCCCAAUAAAUAGAUCCGACCCGACCCAAAACGCAUGUAAACCUCCCCCGAGUCUUAAAACCUUGAGAGUCGCCGUUUUACUUCUUCGUCGUCAAUCAUCGCCGCUCCUGAUGAGCAUUUAGGGUUUCUUCAAUUGGUUGAAAGGAUAUGGCUGCUUCACUCUCAAGAAGAGUUCUGCGCACUUUUGGAUCUUUCACAGCUUUAGGACGCAGCAACGCCACCAACGCGUUUGGAAAUGGCUUAAGCUCUCUUCCCAGUGAUCUCAAGUGUGGAAUGGGUUUACUUUCCAACCGAAAGCUCUCCACUUCUAUUUUGACUCCUGACGAUUCAUUUCCUCGUGAUUUACUUUCCCAAAAGACCGUCAUUACACCAGACCGAACCAUAGGACAAUACCAAGACUUGGUCAUUCCCGUGACUAAUUUUCAGAACGAAGACAAGGGUUUCAUGGUUUUAGCUGGUGAUGUCUUUGAUGUUCCUGUAAGGAAAGAUAUCAUUCACCACGUCGUCAGAUGGCAGCUUGCCAAACGCCAGCAGGGAACUCACUCGACCAAAACAAUAAGUGAGGUUAGCGGAACUGGUAGAAAGCCAUGGAACCAGAAGGGUACAGGUCGGGCUAGACAUGGUACACUUCGUGGCCCUCAGUUCCGAGGUGGUUGUGUGAUGCACGGGCCCAGACCAAGAAGCCAUGCGAUAAAGAUGAAUAAACAGGUUCGAAGACUUGGUCUGAAGAUAGCACUCACAGCUAGAGCUGCAGAAGGAAAACUCCUUGUGUUUGAUGAUUUGGCCUUGCCAACGCACAAGACAAAGAACAUUGUGAACUAUUACAAUCAAAUGGAGAACACGAAGAAAGUGCUCGUUGUAGAAGGCGGUCCUAUCGAUGAGAAGCUGAAGCUAGCCACCCAAAAUCUCCACUAUGUCAACAUACUCCCAUCAAUAGGGCUUAACGUUUACAGCAUUUUGCUCCACGACACGCUUGUGAUGUCCCGUGAUGCUGUGAAUAAGAUCGUUGAGCGUAUGCACACUCCCAUCAACCGUUAAAGAGACAACAAUGUUUUAAAAUAGCAUUCUCAAUAAGCAACUUGAUCACAAUGAAGACAGUUCCGCAUGUAGUUUCUGUACGGUCAAUUCAUAUCGGUUAUUAUGUAUUGGUAUUUUGGUCCAUGUCUUGACCGGUUCGUUAUUUGCUAGCUUUUCGGUUUGGUUUUGCAAAUCUCGAUUGCCAAAAGAUUUGAAUGAUACUAUUUAUCUGUUUCUAGACAUUCUGUCA